AUGGAGUUCUGGCCGGAGUUCCUCGCGAGCAGCGGCGGGCACGAGUUCGUGGCGGGGGGCGUCGGCGGCAUGGCCGGCGUGCUGGCGGGCCACCCGCUCGACACGCUCCGCAUCCGCCUGCAGCAGCCGCCGCCGCCCGCCAGCCCCGGGAUCACCACCGGCCACGCGCGGCUAGCUGCGCGGCCGCCCUCCGCCGUCGCGCUGCUGCGCGGCAUCGUCCGCGCCGAGGGCCCCUCCGCGCUCUACCGCGGCAUGGGCGCGCCGCUCGCCUCCGUCGCCUUCCAGAACGCAAUGGUCUUUCAAGUCUACGCGAUCCUAUCGCGGUCGCUCGACUCUCGGACGUGCACCUCCGAACCUCCUUCCUACACGAGCGUGGCGCUCGCCGGCAUCGGCACCGGGGCAUUGCAGACGCUGAUCCUAUCCCCGGUCGAGCUCGUCAAGAUCAAGCUGCAGCUAGAGGCCGCAGGGCGGAGGCACCGCGGUCCGGCGGACAUGGCCCGGGACAUCUUCCGGAGGGAGGGCCUCCGCGGCAUAUACCGCGGGCUCACGGUGACCGCGCUCCGGGACGCGCCGUCGCACGGCGUCUACUUCUGGACGUACGAGUAUGCGCGGGAGCGGCUGCACCCGGGCUGCCGGCGCACGGGGCAGGAGAGCCUUGGCACGAUGCUCGUCUCCGGUGGCCUUGCCGGCGUCGCCAGCUGGGUCUGCUGCUACCCGCUGGACGUGGUGAAGUCGCGGCUGCAGGCGCAGGCGCAGACGCACCCGAGGUACCGUGGCGUCGUUGACUGCUUCAGGAAGAGCGUCCGGGAGGAAGGGUUCCCGGUGCUAUGGCGCGGCCUUGGCACGGCCGUCGCGCGGGCGUUCGUCGUCAAUGGCGCCAUCUUCUCCGCCUACGAGCUGGCCCUGCGGUUCUUGGUCCGCAACAACGGGCAGACGAUGCAGGUUAUGGAGGAGCACUGAACUGGCGAGAUCAUGGAUGCAACUCCACCCACUUGCAUUGCAAGAUUGGAGUUGCUCGCGACAUGCGCCCGGGUUGUUGUGUUGUACAUAGGGUAGUGUCCAAUGGAAGUGGCUAUGGGGUCAUUACCAUUACAGCAAGGUGUGAUUUUCAGGUAGGGUGGUUAGUAGCUGCAGAAUUCACACAAAUUGGCACUAUAUGUGUGCUGCUUGAUGACGACGAUUAGUUCUCCCAAUGUUUUGGGAAAUGCUACUGCAUAAUAUACAGCAAAACCAUUCAAGAUCAUGAGUGAAUGACCCGGUGCCGGAUCAA